AUGGGAAAGUCAGAGUUUUUCACCCUUUUUCCCUCCCUCUCCCAGGAAACGGAUCUCAUGACCUUUAACAUCUCAAUGCACCGCUCUUGGUGGAGGGAACACGGGCCCGGCUGCAUACGAAGGGUGGUGCGUCCUUCUUCCCCUGGCAUCCUAGAGGAUUACUCCUACGUCUCUGUGACAGGCUGUAUCAUCGAUUUCCAGUACCUGGAGGUCAUUCACAGCGCUAUYCAGAUACUCCUCUCUCUGAUUGGAUUUGUGUAUGCCUGUUACGUGAUCAGUAUUUUCAUGGAGGAUGAGGACAGCUUUGAUUUCAUAGGCGGACUUGACACAUACUCCUACCGACAGCCCCCCCAGGAACAUGUUGAGUUAAAGCCUGUAAAGCCUGUAGGUCGAAGUAAAUAAUGAACACGGACUCAAUACUUCUGCUGCUGUAGCUGAAGAAACAAAUUUUAGAAGAAAAGACCAACUUGUGACUCAUCKUUCUGGAAGAAACCCACGUUCCUCAUGGCAUGUGGAUUGUUCUUCCCACAGGCUCAGUGUCAUCAUCAGCGUUGUUAUCUCGUAGAUCCUUGUAGAUGAUCUUGAAUUUUUAAAUAAUUUACUUAUAUGGACACUUUUAAAUUGUAAAUUKUUUUCUUUUUUAAUUUCAGUAUUUUUACUAUGUUUAGUGUUGAGGCAUGAAAACAAGACAACCUGUGAAAACUAGGAGGAAGGUGUGUCUUUCUCAAAAAAUCAGUAUUUUUUGACUGARAGGAUCAUACUGUGCCUGGUCAAGAUUGUGUCAGUAAACAAUMAUUUUGACUCCAAAAUCUGCAGCAGGAGUCAACCCCUAACAGUGUACCAGAGAUAAUUUCAUUGUGAAUUUAGAAUUCACAAUGUCUGCAGCUUGCAUUGUUUGAACUGCUGAAUGCAGUAAGAAUUGAUCUAUGAUGUUCAAACACUAGCAUAUUCACCAAACAAUUUAAAUUCAUAUAUGACUCCUCCUUUCCUAAUCUCUUUUGCCCCAAGUCCAUCACCAGUAGCUGUCUCUGAUUUGAAGAGAAGUAGGACAACUGCUCUGUGGAUGCCUUUCUAUAGGAACCCUUACAUCCAGGGCUGUUUAGAUUGUCUGUGAUUUGCACAUUUUAAAACUCCUUUCCUCCCUUCUCCCAGGAAGAAGCCAAGCAUGAAUGUACAGUACAAGGCACCAACUGAAGCCUUAGAAGCCUCUGGGGACUAAUUUUUCUCUUAAUUUAAAAGUAAACAAGCGAAACUGAAAAAAUGUGUGUAAAAAUUUGUAAAGUUAUUUGUAAAUACUUCUAGACAAAGAACAUGUAUGUAACUGUGGUAUUUUGUUUUCUAUUCUGUCACCACUAGCAUAAAGUGAUACACAAAGCUAYUUUCUCUGGAGAGCUGGCAGUCUUUUUAAACAGGACACUUUCUUUCUUUCAUCUGAAUUACAA